AUGGAGCUGUGAGUAGAGAUUCACCUGAUGAUGGAAACCCCUCUCAGCCCAAGGACCAUGAGUAACCAGACGCUAGUAACAGAGUUUAUCUUGCAGGGCUUUUCAGAGCACCCAGAAUACCAUGUGCUCUUAUUCAGCUGUUUCCUCUCCCUCUACUCUGUGGCCCUCACAGGUAAUCUCCUCAUCAUUUUGGCCAUCAGCUUCAACUCUGGGCUCCAUACCCCCAUGUACUUUUUUCUGUUCAACUUGGCUACCAUGGAUAUUAUCUGCACCUCUUCCAUCAUGCCCAAAGCACUGGAGGGUCUGAUGUCAGAGGAGAGCUCCAUCUCUUAUGGGGGUUGCAUGGCCCAGCUCUAUUUCCUCACAUGGGCUGCAUCCUCUGAGCUGCUCCUCCUCACGGUCAUGGCCUAUGACCGGUAUGCAGCCAUCUGCCACCCUCUGCAUUACAGCACCAUGAUGAGCAAGGCUUUCUGCAGCAAGCUGACCACAGGUGUCUGGGUACUCUGUGCCUUCAACACAGCCAUCCACACUGGGCUGAUGCUGCGGUUGAAUUUCUGUGGUCCCAACAUCGUUACCCAUUUUUUCUGUGAGGUCCCUCCUCUGUUGCUUCUCUCCUGUAGCUCCACCUAUGUGAAUAGCAUCAUGAUUGUCCUGGCUGACGCCUUUUAUGGCAUAUUGAACUUCCUGAUGACCGUCGUGUCAUAUGGCUUUAUCAUCUCCAGCAUUCUAAAGAUGCGGACUGUAGAGGGGAAGAAAAAAGCCUUUUCCACCUGCUCUUCCCACCUCAUUGUGGUGUGUAUGUAUUAUACUGCUGUCUUCUAUGCCUACAUAAGCCCUGUCUCUAGCUACAAUGCAGAGAAGAGCAAGUUGGCUGGUGUAUUGUACACCAUGUUGAACCCUACUCUCAACCCCCUCAUGUAUACUCUGAGAAACAAGGAGGUCAAAGCAGCCCUCAGGAAGAUUUUCUCCUUCACCAGAAAUUAA